AUGCCCAGCUCCCCUUCCCCCCCGCUGCAGCUAAUGCACCUCCCGCUGUGAAGGCAGCUGCCGCAGCCCAUGCAGCUCCCGCAGCCUCAUCAGCCUCAAUGGUGCAACUUCCGCUGUCCUCUCCCGGUGGCCCCUGUCCCUCGAAGAAGGGCGAAGAGGGGAGCAUGAGGCCGGCCAAACCCCAGACGAAUCACAACCCCCAUGGAGAGAGCCAACUCGCCUCCGGCCCGCUGCAGUCUGCCCUCGGCUUGGCCGCCUCCCCUUCCCAGGCCUACGAGAUGUACGUGGAUAACGGGCUCCUUUGCCUCAAACACAAGAUUCGGAACAUUGAGAAGAAGAAGAUCAAACUAGAAGAUUAUAAGGAUCGCCUGAAGAAUGGAGAGUCCCUUAAUCCAGAUCAGUUGGAAGCAGUUGAAAAGUACGAUGAAGUGCUGCAUCACCUAGAAUUUGCCAAGGAGCUGCAGAAGACCUUAUCGGGACUUAGCCAAGAUUUACUGAAAGCUCAGAAAAAGGCUCAGAGAAGAGAGCAUAUAAUAAAACUUGAGGCUGAGAAAAAGAAGCUGCGCACUAUAUUCCAAGUCCAGUACGUACUGCAGAAUUUCACUCAAGAUCACGUACAGAAAGAUUUCAAGGAGGGCUCGAACGGGGCCGUUUACUUGCCUUCGAAGGAACUCGACUACCUCAUCAAGUUCUCCAAGCUGACGUGCCCCCAGAGGAACGAGAGCUUAAGUGUUGAAGACCAGAUGGAACAAUCAUCACUCUGCUUUUGGGACCUUUUGGAAGGCAGUGAUAAAGCAGUCGUGGGGACUACUUACAAACACAUGAAGGAUCUAUUAUCUAAGCUGUUGAACUCUGGAUAUUUUGAAAGCGUUCCUAUUCCCCAUCCCAUAAAGGAAAAAGAGGGACUGGAAGAACUGAAGAAAAAACACUUUUCAAAGGCAGAAUCAGAAACCAUCGUGGAACUGAGGCAGCCGGAAAUUCAGGCGCAAGAGUUUCUCAACAGACGCUACUUGCCCGACGUGGAAUAUUCCACCAAGAAACCCGAGGAACCUCAGUCUUGGGAUUCGGCCUAUGCUAGAAAGCCCAAUCUUCCCAAAUCUUGGGAAGCACUGAUCGCCCCGAAGGAUCCAGAGAAGAACCGGGAAUCAUCCAAGGCCUGGGAGGGCACGCCGCCCGGGGCCUCCCAGGCUGGGGUGGCCCAGGAGCCGAAAAAGCAGGAUGGUGUGAAACCCCGGACCGAUCACCUUCAGGAGGGGCCCCAACAGGAGACCCUCAAGCCCAAGCCGCCUCAGAUCCCCGAGGAGCCCCAGAAGCCGGAGCUUCCCAAAUCCUGGACCGCCGAGUUGCAGGGUGACUCAAAGCAGCAGCCUCCCAAACCUUGGGCAGCCGGGCAGAAGCAGGAAAACCCCAAGCAGUGGAUGACGCCGGUCGCCGAAGACCGGGCUCGAAAGCCGGAGACCCGGAAGCUCUGGGAGACCGAUGGGCUGAAGCAGCAGCAGCAGCCGCCGCCGACGUCCCAACAGUUACAGACUCCUCCCAAGUCGGGCAGUGCCACCCCCAGUUUUGUGGCGAAAGAGCUGCUGGUGCCCAGGAAGUGCAGCGCUGAACCCAAAGAUAAACGAGAGCGCAGACCGAAACAAGACCUUGAAGUGAACCAAGUAUAUCAGCCUGCCUCCUCCGAAUUUUCUUCUUCCCCAACCCUUCCCAAGGAUCCCGUGCUCAGAAGAGAGAAGCUGCAGGAUCUCAUGACUCACAUUCAAGGAACUUGUAACUUUAUGCAAGAAUCAGUUCUGGAUUUUGACAAACCUCCUCCAAGUGCCACUGCUCCACCUCAGCCACCUUCAACCAAUCCUAGUAGUCCUAAAGCUUCCAGGGAAGAGAAACUGCCGAGUUCCAGUGACUUCUUAAAACAGCCAUCCCAGGCUGCAGGCACCCCUGUAAUUCAGGGCUCAAAUGUUUCCUUAUCUAACGCUGAUCAGACUUCGUCUGGAUCGGAAACGGAGCUUGGAAGUCCAGAAAUUCCUCUGGCAGCAGUUUCUCUGUCGAACAAGGAGCCGUCUUCACUGCCUGCUCCAAAUACCUCCGUGCCCGCAGGCUCUCAGGGGCAACAGGUGUUCCAGACUCCGCCAGUGAGCAGUCACUCCGUAACCGUCAACACCGCACCCUUUCAAGCCAUGCAGACAGUAUUUAAUGUCAACGCACCCCUGCCUCCCCGGAAAGAGCAGGAGACAAAAGAGAGUCCCCCGUACUCAAGCGGAAAUAACCAGAGCUACUCUACAGCAAGUACCCAAACGCCAUCUCAGUGCCAGCUAUCGCCUACACAUGUUGAGCAAGCUCCUCCUUCUCAAGAGUCUCUGCAAACAGUGAAUUAUCAUCCCGAGGGAGCUGUUCAAGCAAGCAAUGGUAGCCUUGCCUUUUAUCCAGCCCAGACUGUGUUCCCCAGAUCCAACCAGUCUUUCCUCGGUGGCCGAGGAACUGUUAGAGGAUGCGCCCGAGGUGGGCGGUCGCUGACCAAUUCUUAUCGGUCUCCUGGUGGCUAUAAAGGUUUCGAUGCUUACAGAGGAUCUCCUGCAAUCGCCAACGGUGGCUACGGCCAGCUGCAGUUUCCAGGACGAGAGUUCCCUGGAACGCCGUAUCCCCAAAGGGACCUCCAUUUUCAACAAGGUUAUAAACGAGGAACGUCCGGUCCCAGGGCCAACUCCAGAGGGUGGGGCGACUGCUCUCAGCUGAGCAGCCCGGACCGCGACGGCGAACCCUACGCCGACGGAGAGGCCGGUCCGGGGGAGUCCCGCGGCGAGGCCGCCGCCGCCGCCGCCGCCCUCUUGCCCGUGCACGUGUACCCGCUGCCCCAGCAGAUGCGGGUGGCCUUCUCGGCGGCGCGCACCUCCAACCUGGCUCCCGGCACCCUGGACCAACCCAUCGUCUUCGACCUGCUCCUGAAUAACCUGGGCGAGACCUUCGACCUGCAGCUGGGCCGGUUCAACUGCCCCGUGGACGGCACCUACGUGUUCAUCUUCCACAUGCUGAAGCUGGCCGUCAACGUGCCCCUCUACGUCAACCUCAUGAAGAACGAAGAGGUGCUGGUGUCGGCCUAUGCCAACGACGGGGCCCCCGAUCACGAGACCGCCAGUAACCACGCCAUCCUCCAGCUCUUCCGGGGAGACCAGGUCUGGCUCCGGCUCCACAGGGGAGCCGUGUACGGGAGCAGCUGGAAAUAUUCCACUUUCUCGGGCUACCUCCUCUACCAGGACUGAAAGCCAGCGUGGCCGCGGCCCUCUCCCCCUUCCCCCUCCCGCGGCCCCCCGAAAGGCUUCCCCGGGCGGACGAAGGGUUAGAAAAGUUUCCGCUGCUCCGUCCUUCCCCCCCCUUUUGCUUUUCCGAGACGGGAUCCCCGAAGCCGGGCGACCGGUGCGGUGACGGAUCGGGCCGGAGCUCCGCCGGUGAAGCCGGGAAUGUAUUCAGUUUGCACUUCAGCCCUCACGUGAAUCCUCGAAACCGUGAAAGCGUGCGGCCGACUCCUCUAGACGGGCUCGCCUCUAGGACGGGCCGUUCACGAUGCCUUGUAGUGCCUCAAU